UGGUGCAUUUUAACUCUAAGUCUCAAACAAGCAGUGAAGUUGUUACAGUUAGCCAUAAAAAAACAACUGAUGGAAAAUUUUAGAUGUUAGUCAAUAGUUUAUUGUCAGUUUGGGACACUUGUAGCUCUUGGUUAAAUUUAAAGAGCAUCUGACAAAAUAAAAAAUUAAGAAUGUAAGAGAAUCUAAGAAUUUUCGUUCUCAUAGCAAAAGCAAACGCACACACACGGGCAUUCAAAUCAGCUUUUGAAUUAUAGUUAUAAUCCAUAAGAUCGUCAUUAUUUCAGACCUGAUUUCUAGGUAUGCGCAGCAUUUGUUCUGCAAUAGCUAUUCAUUGUAUUUACAUUCUAUAAUUGAAUCUUAUGCCUAGUUCAGACCAAAGAUUCGCAACGAGACAAGUUGAAACAGUCAGCUACUUGCAAUAUGCCAUUCUGCAACGUUCUAAAAACCUGCCGGUUCACUCCAAUGCAACUAGAUGAGACAGUGUGUCAUCUCUAUGCAACAACUCUCUGUACCUCUGUUCUGAUUUCCAUCUUUUCAGGCUUAUUUUGUGGCUGAAUAAAAUUUGUAGCUUCUUAAAGCAUGAAUGAGGAUAGUGAUAGUGAGAAAUGUGGUGAUGAAAUGGCAAAAGCAUAAAACGAGCAUCACAUGGACUGUAUUCAUAGUAAAUACGCCACAAUAUGAAUAACCAGUGCCAAUUAAUCAGUCAGUGAGAGUGUGUGUGUGUGUGUGUGUGUGUGUGUGUGUGUGUGUGUGUGUGUGUGUGUGGCAGUGGGCAGCACAUUUGGCAAGCAGCAACACCACCGUCCCACAUUGUCACACCGUGAGGACAGAAACAGAGGGCUUGGCGGAGACAGAGCAUCUGCUGCAGCAAGCAAAGAAGCCGUCUGCUGUCAUUUUGACUUGACCAGCAGACUUCACUGGACACGAUGGACAGCGUGAAGCAGAGUGCGGCACUAUGUCUGCUACGACUCAACAGGACCUCUCCUGACCUGGUGCCCAUGGGUGAAUGGACAGCACGAGUUGUCCACCUGCUUAAUGAUCAACACCUAGGAGUGGUUACAGCAGCUACCAGCCUUAUCACCACACUAGUCCAGAAGAGUCCAGAGGACUUCAAAACAUCCAUCUCGCUGGCUGUGGCCAGGCUCAGUAGGAUUGUGACUUCAGCGUCCAUAGACCUACAGGACUAUACAUACUACUUUGUUGCUGCACCGUGGUUGUCUGUCAAAUUGCUGCGCCUGCUUCAGUGCUACCCUCCACCUGAGGAUGCAGCGCUGCGUAGUCGUCUGACAGAGUGUCUGGAGACCAUCCUCAACAAAGCCCAGGAGCCACCCAAGUCCAAGAAGGUCCAGCACUCCAACGCAAAGAAUGCUGUUCUGUUUGAAGCCAUCUCCCUCAUCAUACAUCAUGACAGUGAGCCCACCCUGUUGGUACGAGCCUGCAACCAGCUAGGCCAGUUUCUGCAGCACAGGGAAACCAAUCUCCGUUAUUUGGCUUUGGAGAGCAUGUGCACACUGGCCAGCUCAGAGUUUUCUCAUGAGGCAGUAAAGACGCACAUAGACACUGUGAUCAACGCUCUUAAGACAGAGCGAGAUGUGAGUGUUCGCCAGCGGGCUGUGGAUCUGCUCUAUGCUAUGUGUGACCGCAGCAAUGCCAAGCAAAUCGUGGCAGAGAUGCUCAGCUACCUGGAGAACGCCGACUACUCAAUCAGAGAGGAAAUAGUGCUCAAGGUGGCUAUCCUGGCAGAAAAGUAUGCUGUGGACUACACCUGGUACGUGGACACCAUUCUCAACCUCAUCCGCAUCGCCGGUGACUAUGUCAGUGAGGAGGUGUGGUAUCGUGUCAUCCAAAUUGUCAUAAACCGAGAUGAUGUCCAAGGCUACGCAGCCAAAACCGUCUUUGAGGCGCUACAGGCUCCUGCUUGCCAUGAGAACCUGGUUAAAGUGGGAGGUUACAUCCUAGGAGAGUUUGGCAACCUGAUUGCAGGUGACUCGCGCUCCAGCCCUCUAGUCCAGUUCAACCUUCUCCACUCCAAGUUCCACCUAUGCUCUGUGCCCACUCGGGCACUGUUGCUGUCAGCCUACAUCAAGUUCAUUAACUUGUUUCCAGAAGUGAAGGGCACGAUUCAAGACGUCCUGCGCUCAGAUAGCCAGCUCCGCAACGCUGACGUGGAGCUUCAGCAAAGAGCUGUCGAGUACCUGAGGCUCAGCUGCAUCGCCAGCACUGACAUAUUGGCCACAGUCUUAGAAGAAAUGCCUCCAUUCCCAGAGAGAGAGUCCUCAAUCCUGGCCAAACUGAAGAGGAAGAAGGGCCCAGGCAACCUGCCCGACAUCGACGACGCCCGCUGGAAUGUCAACGGCAGCACCGAGCACAGUGAGAACACUGAAAGCACAAACAAGUCUUCUCCUUCACUGAUGGCAGACCUUCUUCCUACCAACAGACCCCGUCCUGCCUCCUCUAGUCCCACCAUACUCUCUGCUGGGACCAUGGCACCCACCCAGCCCCUCACAGACCUGCUGAAUUUAAAUUCCCCCCCUCCAGCAGGACCAAGUCUGCUAGUUGAUGUCUUGUCCGAAAGCUCCACUCCUGCAUCCAUAGAUGUCUCUGAGGAAAAUUUCUCAAGGUUUGUUUGUAAGAACAACGGUGUGAUCUAUGAGAACCAGCUGUUGCAGAUUGGACUGAAAUCUGAGUAUAGGCAGAACCUGGGUCGCAUUUAUGCGUUUUACGGCAACAAGACAUCUACUCAGUUCCUUAGCUUCACCACAUCAGUGACCUGUGAUGACACACUCAAGACCCAGCUGAAUGUCCACCCUAAGGCCGUAGACCCCAUAGUGGAAGGUGGGGCUCAGGUCCAGCAGAUCCUCAACAUUGAGUGUGUGUCAGAUUUCACAGAUGCACCAGUGCUCAAUAUCCAGUUCAGAUAUGGUGGAACUCUUCAGAACAUCGCAGUGAAACUCCCUGUGAUGCUCAACAAGUUUUUUCAGCCCACAGAGAUGGUAUCCCAAGAAUUCUUCCAACGCUGGAAACAGCUUGGACUUCCUCAGCAAGAGGUUCAGACAAUCUUCAAAGCCAAACACCCAAUGGACAGAGAUGUUACCAAUGCCAAGAUCUUAGGUUUUGGUGUAGCUCUGCUGGAUGGGGUGGAUCCCAAUCCUGCGAACUUUGUUGGAGCCGGAGUCAUUCACACUAAGAACUCUCAGGUGGGCUGCCUCCUCAGACUGGAGCCCAACACACAAGCACAGAUGUACCGUCUCACCGUCCGGACCAGCAGGGACACUGUGUCUAAAAGACUGUGUGAUCUUCUCUCUGAUCAGUUUUAGACUCAUCACAGCACAAGCAUUUCUCCACCUUCACUCUCUUGGUCUCACUUUAGAUGGGAAUGAUGUUUUGUACAGUGUAAAUUCUUUCUUUUUUUUUUUUUUUUACACUUACUCCACAUGUCAAUGAAGUGAAAUGUAUUUUUCGCACAUAGCUUUACUAAUAUAACACUGCUUUAAACCUGCCUUGUGUACUCACACUGAGCACCUUCGCCGACAUGUUGCGGAUGGUGCAAGCGGCUCUGAGUGCUUCUCUGUGCUGCUCUGCAGCUCCAGAGUUCUGAACAGUUUUGAAAUUGUGUGUUUUUGCUGCUUGGGUACUGCCUUUCUUAUUCAAACAUUUUGAAGAGUUGGUUAAAGAGCAUUAAUGAGAUUGAGUUAGUUGAAAAUCUCAACAGAAUUGUAAGCUUACCAAUGAUCUCAACAAUGAAUUCAGUUGUUCUGAUAGCGUUUCUAUGAGAUAUGUAUUCUUGUAGCGUUUUAAACAAAUGAUGCACAGAAAUGGGAAGUUUUCCUCAACUUCUUGCCCAUUUUGCACUUGUUUGGCAAAAAAGUAGAUCACAUAGGUAGAUCAGAUAGGUUUAGAUGAGAGAAUUCUGCUUCACUAUCAGCAUUAUUACUUAUUUCACCAAUUUUACAUGUCUGUCAUCUCAGGAGGAAAAGCAAAGCUUUGCAUUUUGGUAUUUUGUACCAAAUAAUAGUCUUUGGACGCUACUAUUUUUUUUUCCCGUGGUGACAUUUUUUGAGCUAUAAUGUGUAUAAAGUUUACACAUAGAAUUCAGGCACUUCAGAAAAAUGGCAAAAAAAUAAUAUAGAACACUAGGUAGCAAAUGGAUAUCAGUUUCUGAUAGUUAUGAAAUGCAUUGUCUGAUUUUGUUUCCACAGUCGUGCCUAUGAGCUCUUGUCACUCUGUGAACAACAGAACGAGCCUUCAAUUAGACAAGAGUAAUGUUAAAUAUAUGUAAGUCUAAAGCACUGCCACACUGUCACACUACUUUCACCUAAAUGCUUUUAUUCACAGCACAGCCAAACUGGUAAUAUUUCUUUAUUUCAGUAAAGUCUGGUGUAUUUUCUGUUUUAUGAGAUGUAUGUUUAUUAUAAUCCUUAUUGGAUGCUUUGCAUAAAGACUGGCUCUUUCCAAAGGUAAAAACAAUCUACCACUACAGCAGUGUACAAACAACAGGCUGCAGGGGGGGUUCACACGACAGCAAGACUCCAGAAGUCAUUGUGCCCAACAGAUAGAAACAGAGUGCUCCAGUGAUGACAUCUUUCUGUAGGCUGAUGUGGAAGCUAACUUCGCCCUGGUUCCCUCAGCAAAGUCUAUGGGAUUUUAAUAAUGGAUUUUUAUUAUUGCAGAAAAUAGGUUCAAUAGCAAACAAACGUUUAUAAUACCUUAUAAAGCAUGUAACCAAAACCCAUUUAAAAAAAGCCCAUUCACUUGGAGACGAGGGAACCCGAGUGCAAAAAUGCUAACUCAUUUCCAGGUUUUAGGACUCAUUUCUGGGGCACUUGUUACUCAUAACCUCCUUUACACAGCUGUUUUUGUAUUAGACAAGAAAUAACGUGCUUGUAGUUGGAUUUUUUUUUUUAACUGUUGGACUGAGCUAUGUUAGUUUAAUGCUUAGCUUAAUCAGAGACUAACUGUCUCCUGGCUGUAGCUUUAUAUUUAAUAGACACACAUGAGCGUGGUAUUGAUCCUCUUCUCUAACUCUUAGCAAGAACAGAAAUAAGAGAGUAUGUACCAAAAUGUCAGACUAUUCUUUAAUGAGCUUUUGUUCAGAAAUAUUGAUGAAAAUUAGUAAGAAUGUAAGAAUAAAUGUAAAGAGUGUAAGAAUAAAUCUUUAGAUUGUUAAAAGGUUUGACUGAUUUAUGAAUAAGGGUACUUCAAUCUGGAACAGACAAGCAUUACUGUGAUGUUACCAUGUUUUAUCCAUAAUAAUAAUAAUAAUAAUAAU